GUUCAACCGCACAUGUUACCCUGAUCGUCAGCCAGCAAAAGACCAUACGCUCCUUUUUUUUUUUUUUUGACUCGACGCAAAACCCGUUUUCUCAACGACACUCCUUAGCCUCGAAAUCGCACCUUUACCUCUGUCGAUCGAUAACAAAAGUCUCCCAACCAAGCCACGAUGACGCGCGCUCAGCAGACCAUCUCAAUCUUCCUCCUCGCGACUUCGCUCUAUCUCUGCCUCUACCUGCAGCUCGUCCCGCUGCCCGACGUCAUCCAGACUGAGAUUAUCCCCGUGCUUCCCUUCUGGGUUCUGGUCUCGUUCGGCGCCCUUCUUCUGGGUCGCCUCGGCUGGGGCGUCCUGACCUUUAACGAUACGCCCGAGGCGCACAAGGAGUUGCUUGUUGAGAUUGAGGAGGCCAAGAAGGACUUGAGGAGGCUCGGUGUCACUGUUGACUAGAGAGCUGGCGAGACUGUUGAGGCAAAGAAGGAUCAAGACGGUGCAAUAUGAUACCUUGGGUCGACUUCGUGGUCUUAUUGGGUUAAUGAGACUCUCCAGUCGGUGGUUGUAGGAGAGGAGAUAGAGCUCAUCCGGUGUCUGCAUUUAACCACAUGGUAUUUCUCAUGUCUAAUGACCAACUAGACCCCGGGUAGAUCAUGGAACAAGACUGAGCAUAACUAUAUGCACGGCAGAUGAUAUACGUACAAACUACAGGGAAAGAAGUGCUUACAGUUGGAGAAACUUGACUUGGCGCACGUGUGUUUUCAUCACACCGAUUUACCAGGUUCAAUUGCCAGGGGUCAAGGUUCUUUGGGCAUGAUAAUGAAG